GAACACUGUCCGCCUUGCGAAUCGCGACCCGCUCCCUUACGUGAUUUCCGACGACGGGCCGAGAUUAUUUCCCACGUUCUGCGCUUUGCUUCUCGGUGAAAGAGGGAUGAGAGUACAACUGACGUGUUGAGAAAGGACCACGAGCGAAGAAGCGACGAAGAAGUAACUUGAACUUGAUCGCCGCUGUGAUCUGCUUCUAGAUGUAACGGAGAGGAAAUGUGAAUUUCCACCGGUGGAAUUUCACCUGCAGAAACUGCACGACGAGGAACGCCAAUACGCGAUAUCGUACAUUGAGCCAAUAUACCGAAUAACAGUACUGAUACUCGGAACUGAUACACAGAAGAAGAAGAUUACGCACUCGUUUAGACAAACACAGAACAGAAAUAGAGGGACUAACGUAACGGACGAGAACGAGUAGUUGCAUAGAACGAAUUAUUUUCGGAUAGCUUGAUUUUUAUCGUAACUAUAUUUAGAGCAUGAAAUCGUGAUCCUUCCCGCUCGGAGAGAUUAAUUCUAACGGUACUGCAUUUACUUCUUUUCACGUUAUAAUUCAAUUUAUUUAUUUGGACUUAUUUAUAAGCGAUAGUUCCUCGCGGACUUUGCUCGACGGAUAUUCGCAUUGUAUUUAUAGCUUAUUUAAGAUUUUAUCAACGAUAAUUUUCCAACAACACGUUGACGACGUGUCGUACAUUCGUCAUGGCAUCUUGCGCGCUUUUGUACGCGUGACGGGUUGUCUGGAGGAAUUUCACACGGCGGUCUCUCAGAUCUUCUUCGCAUCGACGCAGUGAUUUCUUCCGAAUCGAAAUGCUGGCAAACCGAGAAGCAAAGGCGAACGUGACGACUUCGAAGCGAUAUGACGUCGCUGUUCGCACACUUCGGCGUACACACGACACCUUGAAGCGUACGAAGCUGCUGAACUUCGUCCCAUUCGGCAGAGCGCUGGACAAAGUGAUUCGCGUCCUCGAAGAAUACAACAAGAGUGUGAAGAUGGUGUCCAUAAAGAAACUCGGAAUCGGUGGUGGCGUCAUGUUCGUCGUCGGCAUUCUCUUCGGCUUCGUAGGGUUUCCCGCGUUGCUCCGCUCGCAAAUCAAGAAGGCGAUCGCGUUAAAGCCGGGCAGCGAGAUACGCGAAAUGUGGACAGCGUUUCCACUGCCAUUGGACUUCAAAAUAUACCUGUUUAAUGUAACCAACCCUGACGAGAUCAUGCAGGGUGGAAAGCCGAAGUUGAAUGAAGUUGGACCGUUCUUCUACGAUGAGUACAAGAUGAAGUUGGACCUCGUGGACCGGGAAGAAGACGACAGCGUGGAAUACAGCCAAAAGUCGACAUGGUUCUUCAACAAGCCGAAGAGUAACGGUCUAACCGGCGACGAGGAUAUGGUGUUCCCUCAUCUCAUGAUCCUUGGCAUGGUGAUGGCCACUCUGAGGGAGAACCCCACCGCGGUCGGGGUUGUCGGCAAGGCGGUGAACAGCAUCUUCCACAGCCCUGAUUCGAUAUUCGUGAAGGCCAAGGCAAAAGAUAUACUUUUCGAUGGUUUGCCGGUCGACUGCACGGUGACGGACUUUGCCGGAAAGGCGGUGUGCAACGUGUUGAAGACAGAAGCGAAGGACUUGAUACCGGACGGCGAGGACCGCUACAAGUUCUCUCUAUUCGGUGGGAAAAACGGAAGCGUUGUACCACAGCGCAUGCGAGUUCUGCGCGGCGUCAAGAACUUCAAGGACGUCGGUCGUGUCCUGGAGUUUGACGGUAAGCCCGCGUUGGACAUUUGGCCGGAGGAUCACUGCAACGAAUUCAACGGCACCGACUCAACGAUCUUCGCACCUCUAUUUGGACCAGACGACGACAUCGUCUCGUUUGGCUACGAGAUUUGUCGGAGUCUCAGCGCGCAUUACAGUCAUGAAACUAAAAUUAAAGGCAUCAAUACUCUUCAUUACACGGCUGAUCUUGGUGAUAUGAGCAAAAACGAGAGGGAGAAGUGCUUCUGUCCGACACCGGAAACUUGUUUGACAAGGAAUCUCUAUGACAUGACGAAAUGUCUAGGUGUUCCCAUCAUCGGUUCCCUACCACACUUCUAUGACUCCGAGAAGAACUGGUUGGAAAUGGUUGAUGGCUUGCAUCCUAAUCAGGAAGAACACGAGAUCGACAUGGAUUUCGAGCCGAUGACGGCUACCCCGAUAAGGGCACACAAGAGGUUGCAGUUCAAUAUGUUUAUACACGCGGUGCCGAAGUUCAAACUGAUGAAAAACUUCCCGGAGGCGUUGCUGCCGCUGUUCUGGGUAGAAGAAGGGAUACUUCUCGAUGACGCAUUCGUCAACAAGGUGAAGGUGGUAUUCAAGGCGAUGGCGGCCGUUAACUUUAUCAAGUGGCUGAUGAUACUCGGCGGGAUAGGAAUGGGCGGCGCGGCUGGCGUGUUGUAUUACAAGAAUCGCGACAGCGGUAAACUCGAAAUUACGAAGGUUACACCGAAGAGCGGCAGUAGGGCAGACAGUAAAAUGGAUAAGAACUGGCCGCCCGGCAUGAAUAUUAGCACGAUACAAGCGGCAUCGGUGCCAUCUAGUCUCGACAGAAAUUGAAGCGCUUUUAGCGGCAUGUUAAUAUCAAUAUUAACAUCGCGAGAGUUUAUCUCUACAGGCUCAGAUGUAAUCAAAAUUAUUGACAAUGGACGAUAAUUAAUAAUCAUGAUAAUUGAUGGACUUGGUGCGACAAUGAUCUAAUCCUGUAUUUUCAAAAAUUCGAGAAAAUAAUUCUUGAGAUUAUUCUUGAGAAUAUUAGUUGUAUUAAUUUCUUCAUUUUCUAUUCUUUAAUUUAGAAAAAAGAUAGAUCAUUGUUACAUGCGAUUCUUCUAUUGAAUGAUAAGUCGUUUAAAAUGUAUUAGUUUGUGAAAAGCUAAUAACAGUGCAAAGGGAGAAAUAAUUGAUUCAAUUUUUUUUAUUGAGAAAAAAGAAAAUAAUAAAUAUAUUGCGACGAUAGAUAUAAUUACGAUGACUACAGUUGACAUUUCAAACUAGCGGAGAAACAGAUAAAUUUACAAUUUUUCCCAAAGAGAAUAGAUAACGGAACUAUAUUUUAAGUUUAAAAAAUAUAAUGUAAUAUAUAUCUAAAUUAACUACUUAACUACCUCGUUGUAAGUGUUAAAUUGUUUCUUAAAGCUUUCAAUAAUGCACCUUUAUGUACCAUACAAUCUGCUUUCAAUUUAUGCUUUAUGUAUUAAUCAGUUUUUUCUUCCUUGACGAAAAUAAGAAGUUUCAUAAACGUUUGUUUAGCGUUUACGUAAGCGUUUGCGGGAGUUCGUUAAGAGUUUAAAAAUUGUUAGUAGAGCGGAAAUUGCAACACUGUAGCGUUUGAAAAGCGUUUGCGUAUUGAAAAAGCGUUUGCUGAACGAAGAGAAAACGCUUGUCUUACGGCGUUGUAGGAAAAGUGUUUUUUAAACGUUUUAAAAGUCAUAGCAAACUUUCUGUACGAAAGUGUAUCAGCGUUUAUUUUGAAAAGCAAUGCUUCAGCAUUGCAGAACUUUCACGAAAUGUUAUAUAUAGCAUUUGAUAAGUUCUGAAAGCGUUCUGAAAGCGUUCAAAAUCUAACGAUGUUGAGUAAGCGUUCAUAUAACGUUUGAAAGCGUAUAAACUCUCAGGAAAUUCUCAUCGAACGGUUUAUAAAGAGUUUUAUUUUCGCCAGGGUUGGUUUCUCUCAAUGGGUAGUAAUUUAUAUUUUUAAUGUAUUGUUGAAUUUUUAAAUAUUCUAUACAAUUAGAAUUGGACUCUUGCUUCCAAUAAUUAUUCAGCACUAGUCUAAAAAGAUCAAAAAGACUAAGCACCAUCGAUGGAAGACUGCACAUCUGAAGUACCAGAUAGUCUUAAGAAAAUCAUUUAGCCCAGAUAACCAAACCUGCGCGAACAGAUUUCAAGCAGAGCUUGUUAUCAACUUUUGAUGGCAAAUAGAUAACAAAUUUGAUGCAGGAUCUGUUAUAUCAAAUCUUGCUGCCAAAUUGUCGCCAGAUAUGCGGCAGAGCUUGU